UGAGGGUUCUAACACUCCAGCCACAAUCCACCUAAGUAAGCUCACAUCAAGGAGGCAACCAUGGUCAGCCGAUUUGAACACCCCGCUGGUGGCUACAAGAAAAUCUUUGAAACCGUAGAGGAGACUGGAGAGGCCCUCCCAGCAACAGUCACUGGACGGAUCCCAUCCUUCUUGAGGGGCGCUUUGCUGCGUCUGGGCCCAGGCCUGUUUGAAGUAGGAGAUGAACCCUUCCUCCAUCUUUUUGAUGGCCAGGCUCUAAUGCACAAAUUUGAUUUCAAUAAUGGACAGGUCACCUACAUGCGCAAGUUUGUGAAGACCGAUGCCUAUGUGCGUGCCAUGACAGAGAAGCGCGUUGUGAUCACUGAGUUCGGCACAGUUGCCUACCCUGACCCUUGCAAAAACAUAUUCUCCAGGUUCUUCUCUUACUUCAAGGGUGUUGAGGUUACUGACAACUGCCUGGUAAAUGUUUAUCCAAUUGGGGAGGAUUACUAUGCUGUUACAGAGACCAACUUCAUUACAAAAGUCAACACAGACACGCUGGACACUCUUAAAAAGGUGGACCUCAUGAGCAUUGUGAACGUCAAUGGAGUCACAGCACAUCCCCACAUUGAGAGGGAUGGCACAGUCUAUAACAUUGGCAACUGCAUGGGAAAAGGAGCAAGUCUGGCCUACAACAUUGUCAAGAUGCCACCAACCCAGAAAGAUAAGUCUGACUGUGUGGAGAAGGCUCAGGUGGUGGUGCAGUUCCCCAGCGCAGAGCGGUUUAAGCCAUCCUAUGUCCACAGCUUUGGGAUGUCAGAAAACUACUUUGUAUUUGUGGAGACACCCAUCAAGAUCAACCUGCUGAAAUUCCUGGGGGCCUGGAGUGUCCGUGGGACCCAAUACAUGGAUUGCUUUGAGUCUGACGACAUGAAAGGAACCUGGUUUCACAUUGCCAGGAAGAAUAAUCCAGAGUACAUUGACAUUAAGUACAGGACUGGUUCCAUGGGCCUUUUCCAUCACAUCAAUUGCUAUGAGGACCAAGGCUGCAUUAUUGUGGAUCUGUGCACUUGGAAAGGGCCUGAGUUUGUGUAUAACUUCUUGUGGCUGGCGAAUCUCCGUUCCAACUGGGAGGACGUGAAGAGAAAUGCCGUCCGGGCCCCUCACCCUGAGGUGCGCAGGUACGCCAUUCCCCUGAAUGUCACCAAGGAAGAUCAGGGGACAAACUUGAUCACUCUGAACUAUACAACUGCUACUGCAGUGAUGCGCGAAGAUGGUACCAUCUGGUUGGAGCCCGAGGUGCUAUUCUCCGCUCCUUACAAUGCUUUUGAAUUCCCCCAAAUCAAUUACAAAAUGUGCAAUGGAAGGAAUUACACGUAUGCCUAUGCCCUGGGCCUGAACCAUUUCGUUCCAGACAGGAUUUGCAAGCUGAACGUGAGGACCAAGGAGACCUGGGUAUGGCAGGAGCCAGAUUCCUACCCCUCUGAGCCCCUGUUUGUGCAGACCCCUGACAGCACAGAUGAGGAUGACGGUGUGCUCUUGAGUAUUGUGGUGGCCCCGGCAUCCGUGAGACCGACGUACAUGCUCAUCCUCAAUGCAAAGGACCUCUCGGAGAUUGCCAGGGCCGAGGUUGAUAUCAUCAGUCCUGUCACGUUCCAUGGAAUGUACAAGCCUUAGGAAGAACAGCUCACAGUUCAGUCUUCUGACACCUAAAGGGCAGAGCAGAGCCCUGGCUUUAUUUGUUGCACAUUUGGAGCACAACCAGUCUUAGCACCACCAUGAUUGGUGAAUGCAUCUCAGGUAUAAGUAACAACAGCAGCAAAAGACAGUUUGGUGAAUGUAGAAUACUCUGAACAAUUGUUAAGAUUGAAAUCAAAACCAAAAUAAAAGCAAAUAUGUUGACUAA